ACUUAUGCAAAGCUUGAUAUUUAAAUUAUUUUUACUGUGUCCAUAAAAUGAACAUACAGAAUUUCUCCAUCAAAAUCUAUAUUGAUGGAGAUCUAACAGUAUAUAUUAAAGAAAACAACUUCUGAUUGACAGUGUGAAGAGGGCGUGGCGGUGGCUCUUGCACUUGCUCGCGCGCUCACUAGCACCUGCACACACACACACACACACACACACACUUAGAGUCAGUGCGUCUCAGAAGCCGAGUCCAGGCGCUCCAGACAUGUUCACGUCGACGUGACUGGAAUUCAGACGAUCGCGCGAUGAUCGUCGCGUGGAGGCUCCUGUCCAUCUUGAGUCUGGUUAGUUACACCGAGGCCGAGUGCUCCUCGACUUCCUACUACAGGAACUGCUGGAUCCGGCGCUUCCCGGGACUGCACGUGGACGCGGAGGAGUCUCAGCGCAGAGGCGCGCAGCUGCUGCAGCUUUACCGCGGAGACAGCGCGCAGAACUGCAGCCGAGCCUGCUGCCUCACCUCCAACUUCUCCUGUAACGUGGCUGUGUUUCAUUACAACACCACUCAGGACAGUGUCAAUUGCUUUCACCUCCACUGCCCAACACUGCAAAGCUGUAUACUCCAUCAAAGGGCCAAUGUCAUCCUCUACAAUGUUACCAAAGGCAUGGAUCCUGAUCUGUUAAUAUUUGGGAAAUCCUUCUCCUCUAAUGUCCAGGUUCUACCUCACCUGGUCUCACUUAACACUUCUGACUUGUCUGGAACAGACAAACGUCAGUUCAACAGGCCUCACUUGGAUCCCAGCAGCUCAGCCCAUCCUACUAUUCUUGCCACUAACCCCAAAACAUCUACCAACGCACCAACAACCAGCUUUCCCAUCUCUACUCCUCCCCCUCUCUCUGUUUAUUCCACCCAAGACAACCAGGACACACUUCCUGCUUCAGCAAUACAGAGAUCCACAACCCUGAAGCGGUCAUCUCAACUCAUUUCUACUCAUAUUAUUACCAAUCCUUCAACAGACCCUACCAUUGUUUCUACUACAAAGGCAUCCCCACCUCCAAGCGGUACCAUGCAACCCUCAUUCAGAUUUACUAACAAGCAAACAAGCUCAAUGCCCCAACCUGCACAUACUUCCAGUACCACCAUAACACCUCCACAACUAUCCAGUCAGCUCAUAUCAAGCUCAACAUCCUCUUCCCAAGUAGCUCUCCUUGGAACCACAACAGCAUAUACUAUCAGCCAAACCGCAUCCACAGAGUUCAGAACCCUGCCAUAUUUAGCCAUUAGUACAACCUUCAGUAGUGGUCAUACCUCAACAACCACGCCUGUGCCCCUCACAAAUACUCCGGAAAGUAGUACACUAGAGACUAUAACCAUGCCUGUACCCCUCACAACUAUGCCGCAAAGUAGUACAGGAGAGACUACAACCUUGACUGUCCCUCUCUCAAGUACUCUGCAAAGUAGUACAGGAAAGACUCCAACCACACCAGUCCCUCUCUCAAGUACUCCACAAAGCAUUACAGGGGACACUACAACCACGCCUGUCCCUCUCUCAAGUAUUUCUCAAAGUAGUACAGGAGAGACUACAACCUUGCCUGUCCCUCUGUCAAGUACUCUGCAGUGUAGUACACAAGAGACUACAGCCAUGUCUGUCCCUCUCUCAAGUAUUCCACAGAGUAGUACAGGCGAGAGUACAACCAUGCCUGUCCCUCUCUCAAGUAUUCCACAAAGUAAUACAGGAGAGACUACAACCAUGCCUGUCCCUCUCUCAAGCAUUCCGCAAAGUAGUAAAGGAGAGACUACAACCACACCUGUCCCUCUCUCAAGAAUUCUGCAAAGUAGUCAAAGAGAGACUACAGCCCAUACUACACUUGCUAUAGCCCAGCUAAGCUCUGCAAAUGAAUCAUUAGCUUCAACACCACUUACUCCAAUCAAAACCUCAACUGGGUAUGCAACUACAACUACAGGACCACAGGUGAUGAUUAAUAGCUUCAAAACCACCUCUUGGUCCUAUAAUCAGCCCAUAAAUACUGAAUCAACAGCAUCUCCUCUAAUUGAAAAAAGGAUCACUCCAUCAUCAACAACAGGUGGCCUUUCUCAAGGGUAUACAAACAUCAACUUGCCUACUACUGAUGUUUCUGUGACCACUGUCAGACCAACAACCUUCAAUAGACUUCACUUAUCUGGAGCAGCUUCAGAAACCAACUCUGGCCUAAACACCUCACCAACACCCCCUACAAUCGUAGAGGACAGCCAGCCAUACCCCAAUGACACAAAAGGUUACAUUAGCCAUAAUGUUACAACAGGUAACAGUCCACAGCCUGUAAGUGAUGGAGGACUGACGCAAGUGUGGCACCUGGCAGCCAACACUGUCCUGGUAGUCUUGGCAACCUGUGCAGCCUUAGCUUGUGGUUGUUGUUGUUCAGUGUUGAUGGCAGCGAGUUGGAGAGGAAGGAGGAGGAGGAAGGGGAGAUACCAGACUACGCUAAGAGGCAAGAAGGGCUCCAUGCGCCUCAUCAAAUACGUCUUUGUGAGGGAGAGCUCAUGAAUCAGGUUCUUCUGACACAUGUCAGAGUUUUCAACAAAUGGCACUUUUGUUCAAUCCUGCCACAUGAUCACAGCUACUUUCAACAAAAGGUUUUCAAAAAUCCAGAACCCUCACUACAUUAACUUGCAUAAAAGAACUAUCCGUGCAUUCAUGAAUGUGAACAUUUCUUUUCUGUACCAAAUAAAAUCAAUAUGGCCAUUAUUGUGUAAAAAAGACCAAAAUGAUCAAAUGCAGUGAAAGUUUUAACGCUUCCAGGAUUGUUUAUCAGUUACCAUUCACUCUUGUCCUUAACCAGGACAAUGUUAUGAGUAUUACCUCUUAGAAUAUCAGACCAUCAUGAAUGUAAUACCACUAAUAUGUCUUAGAAAACCAUCCUUCAUGUGUAAUCUACUGUGUAUUUUCAUUAAAUUCAGCAGUUCUAAUAAUCCUAAACAAAAAACAUUUAUAUGGAAUAUGUUCACUAGACAGUGGUUAGUUUAAAUACCAAACUCUGUUGAGAAACCAAAACCAGCAAAGAAAACUUGAUGUUCACAUUAAGUAGUUUGAUGGGUGCUUCCAAGCAAGACAGCCAACAAGCUCAGUUUUGUUCUGUAAAGGCAGUUGGGCUUUAAGUGCUAGAAGCUGUUAAGAGUGGUACAGUCACCUGGGCUUGCUCUAGUUUUUGCUGAAAUGGAAAGAGCCGGAACUUUUUUCGAUGGAGUCGGGUUACUCUUUUCCCAUAACCCAUAGAUCAGAGCAGAAACUAAUGGUGCAACUGGGUGUAUUUACCAAACUUUGGAACAGGGUGUCUGUAGGGGAAGGGUAUUUACUUUUAUUGGUCAUAUUCUGUUAGAGUAGACCGAGUCAUAUUCAUGCAUCAGGAGGUAGGAAUGUUUAGCCAAGCUGGGUGAAAAAAUUAGUUUUUAAAAUCAAUCACACACUGCCUUAAUAUUUCACAACAUAGGUGAAAAGUAGGUGGAAUAGGUAAAAACACAAGUGGACGGCUGAUGUGGUUUGUGAAUGAAAGACAAUUAAAUUCUUCAUUAUUAAAUAUAAAUACAUUAAAAAAAGCAAAAAAAUAAAUAAAUUUAUAGGGAAAAAACAUUGGUCAGACAUAUUUAUAUUUUUCAAGGACUUGGUUU